UCUCUCCAAGGAUGAUAUAUUUGCUACCGAGGCAAUUAAACCAGUGAACAAAGCAAAAGAGAAAAUGCCAGAGACCAACCUGUUUGACGAUAACAUUGAUAUUUUUGCGGAUCUUACUGUAAAACCAAAAGAAAAGACCACCAAGAAAAAGGUGGAACAAAAAUCCAUAUUUGAUGAUGAUAUGGAUGAUAUCUUCUCUAGCAGCCAAGUCAAGAUACCCACUCCCAAAAGCAGAUCUUCCCAAGCAGCUUCAGAAGCAAAAUCUGAAAGCAAGACACUGAGCGCAUUUGAUGACCCACUGAAUGCCUUUGGAGGCCAGUAGCCGAAGGGAGCGUGUUGCAGAGAGGAGGCCUUCCUUAUGCCCUCUCCAGUAAUACUCUGGACUCUCUAAUCCACUAGAUCAGCUGAAAUCCGCCAGAGCUGAAAUGAGAUGGCUGUGGACAUUUAAAUGAGAUUAUCCAUUUAAAAUGGUUAGUAUUCUCUUGUGCUGGGUCUAAUUGUGCUAAAUGAUAUAUUUUUUAAAAAAGACAGUAACCUCCUGCUAUCUUGUUUCCACGGUGCCCAGAUGAAUAUAGACUGUGCAGUACCUGCAAUGAAGUAAUCUAUUAUACAAAGUAUAGUUUUAUUGAACAGAUCUAUAGGGAAGAUAAUUGAUAAAUAGUAAAUGGAGUCUGUUAAA